AUGGCCUCCUCACCUGCUUCCCGGCCCUUGGCUUGGCUUGACGGUGACCUGGCGCUGCCUCAUAUUCCGAAGUUCACACCCAGAAAACCCAAACGCCGCGACAAGUCCUCAAGGCAGAUAUCAAAGGUGCUGCACCUUGCUCGUACCCUCACGAGAAAGAAAUCCCUAGCAGAUAAGCCUCCCGCCGCAGUGGACCAUCCAACUAAAAGCAACCAUUCCCCACCUUCAGUACCCAACCUCAAAGGCACCAUAAACCCCGCUUUUGUCUAUAGUCUCCAAGUCUCGACCUUGAUAUCGCGAGACAGAGCCAUGCUUCAAGGAAAAUACUCGUCAACAUCAGAAACAAAUUCAUCGGAUUCUACAAUUCUUCAGAGGAAAAGAGCCCUCGAGCAUGCCAAGCUUGUCGCGGAGCAGAUGGGUCAGAGGUCAAGCAAACGGUGUUGUGUAAAACGAUCGGAAAAGACUUCAGACAAGGAGUUGGAGAUAUUUAGAUUUACCGACCUUCCAACGGAGAUACGGGAUAUGAUUUACACGUUCUAUUUCACGAACAACAGCGGAGAGAAGCCAAGCCUAAUGUGGGCUUUUAAGAUCGAUGGGGUGAAGAUCAACGGAGAUUUCUACAAUGCUGCGGAGAAGGUUUACUACACCAUCAAUAACUGGACCUUCAACAUCAGAGAUUGUCUCCAGAACUCGAUUCUCGGGAAUAUGGACCAAUUCCAUGUGGAAAUGAUCAAGAAGAUGAGAAUUGAGAUCCCCAGAGAUUUCCAAGAUUGCACAAACCUCUUGAGUUCCCUGUCUAGAGCCCUCAAUAUCAGUGACUUAACACUGUACGCUCAGUCAGAUACCGGCAUUCGAAGAGCGCUUCACGAACUCAUGCCCGGCUUCAAGCAACUUCGAAGGAUCACCCUCUGUAUCGACCUUCGCAGGGAGACCAAUCGAGCACGGAGAUCCAGACGAGCUUAUGCCUGUCAAGAGGCCAGAGAGAUGUUUGAUAAAUUGCUUGGUCAGGAGGGAAGAUUUAUUCAGGAAGCGCCCCGAGUGCAGGAGUGGAGGUGGGAGACGAAUGACUUGAAGGUGUUCAAAAUUUCCUGCCCGAAGAAGCACAUCAAAUUUGAAUAAGAUUGGCU